GAAACUACGUGAUAAUACGUAUUUAGAGCAAAACUUUUAAUGGGGGCAAGUUGCAAAGAUCAAAAGAAACAAUUGGCAAUCUGCUUACAAAGAUCACCAUGUGUGCUUCUUGAUAGAAACACGCCAAAGGAUUGUUUGACCAAACCAGAGUUGAAAAAGGACCUUCCUGAGCUUUGUGUAGCCCAUUUCCGUUCUUUCAUGGAGUGUAAAAAUGGGAUAUUCGAUAUGCGUAAACGUAUGGUUGGUAAUGCACCCCUUUCUACCGGGAAGUUUGAUGAAACAUACGACAAUUUAUCGUCUGGGAAGUUUGAUGCACACGAGGAAAUGCGUAAACUUGACGUUUUAAAUAGAAACUUGUCUAAGCAAAGACAAGCUGAGGAGAAGAGAAGGGAGCAAGAACUUUUACAAAACGAAUAAGAAGAGGUUAAACAUAGUAGAGAGGAACUAGUCAUAGACGAUCUAGAUGUCGCUAAUAAGCAGCUAGCAGCAAGUUCUUAUUUAGAAUUUUUUUGACCUUGCCAAGAGAAUUCACUCUCCCUACAUAGAUUGUAAAGGAGAUGUGUUAUUUUCUUCAUCCUUGUACAUAGACAUAAAAAUAUACAAUAUUAACAUUAA